AUAUUGGUUUUCAACCAGAAGAUGUUGAGGCAGUUGAAUAUUAUAAGAAAAGAAGAGAGUUUUAUGAAGCAAAAUCUUAUAGCAUUGAAAAAUUUAGAACGGGUUUAACUCGUGAAGAAUAUCCACUAGCCAUCUAUGCUAAAAAGAAAGAUUAUGAUUCUUCAUCAAUUGAUAUAGAAGCGUUAAGGAAAGAAAUCACUUUUCAGGAGUACUUAAAUCAAAAAUAUCCUAAUCAAGAAGACAAAGAAAAGUUAAAAACGCGAAUUUCUAAUAAACUCAAUGGAGGAGAGUUAAAUUUGAGUAGCGAACUAAAAUCCCCUUUAAUUAAGUUAAACAUUACUGGUUGUACCAAAUUAAAAAAACUUUGCUGUCGCGAGAAUCUUAUAGUUGAACUAGAUUUAAGCAAAAAUGAAAAGUUGAAGAUACUAGGAGACCAUUAUUGUGAUGAGGAAAGAAUUAGUCAAGGCAUUUUCAAUCGUUUUACUGGUUCUUUGGGGCCUUUGAAAAAUUUAGGUAAAUUAGAGAAUUUGGACAUUAUAAAUACAGACAUAGAUGGUGGCUUAGAAUAUUUACCAGUAAGUUUAAAAUGGGUUGGUUGUCGUGGUAAAAGACCAGGAGCUAAAGCCAAUGAACUCUAUGAUAAAGAACUUCAUGAGAAUUAUCCCGAAGGUGAAAGAGCAGAAAAACUUUUUUUAAGCAUUUAUGGAGAAAAAUUGAAAGGUGGGCUAAGACUAAAAGGUUUUACUAAACUAGAGACGUUUGGUUGUUGGGAUAACCAACUAACUAAUAUUGAUUUGAGCGAUUGUAGGAACCUCAAACACCUUAGUUGCGAAAAUAAUGAAUUAAUCAAUUUAGACUUUCUUGAGACUGUUACCAAACUAGAAAAACUAAAUAUGAAAGAUAAUAAGAAACUUUCCGGACAAACUCUAAAAAGUUUAACUUCUCUAAAAGAAUUAAGGCGUUUAGAUAUAAGUAAUUGUCCUUUAGAAGGAAGUUUGAAACCUCUAGAAAAUAGUAAAUUAGAGGAGUUGAAUAUUACUAAUACUAAUCUUACUGAAGGUUUAGAAUAUCUGCCUGAAAAAGAUAAACAAAACAAAAUGCUUUCUGAUGUCAUCCCCUUAGAAAGAUUAUUUGUAAUUAGAGGUAAUCUCAAAAGUUUUGUUAAUAGAUGGGGAAUAAAAGAAGGGCAAAAAGUAAGUGAACUAAUGGCUCGGGCUACGGCAGUUACUGGCGGAGUAUUAGCUGCUACUGUUAAUCCAAUCUUGGGUGGUAUUUUAGCAGCAGCUUCUCCGGUCGUAGAAGUAAAUAGUUUUCAUGAAUUAUUAGGUAUCUUGGCUCCUAUUGAGAUUAAGGAAUUACUGGAAGGUAAAGUAAGUCAGGCGGUUGAAAAAUUAAAUACCAUAACUGAAGAGUUUUUGGCAGCAUUUGAUAAAGACAAAAAUAAGGAAAUUAGCAUUGUUGAGGCUAUCAAAGAUUUAGAAACAGAGAUAAUUUAUUAUCGCAAACUUGCUUAUGGAACUGGUGAAGAAACUGACAAAGAAAAAGAAAUUGAUAAAACAGCAGAACAAUUAGAAUUAGAAGAAAAAAUAUUAAAACUUCAAAAUGAGAUAAAAGAUAAGGAGAAAAAAAUAGUAGAAAGUUAUAAAAAUCAAGAUGAUGAAGUUAUUAAUGAAACUCCAGUUCAAAAACUCCAAAAUGAAAUAGACGAUUUAAAAAUUAUACUAGCACUCAAGGAAGCACAAACAAAACUAAGUGAUGAAGAACCCAUAAAGUUAGAACAGCAAGUAAAAGAUUUAGAAGUUAAAUUAAAAAAAACAGAAACUAAAGAGGGGGGACAAUCAAGUAGUGAAGGUUUUGAGUUGUUAGACAAAAAAGUAGAAAGUCUAAAAAAUGAACUGAAUGAAAUAGAACAAAAAAAGAAAGAGAUCGAAAAGCAACUAAACCAAACUAGGGCUGAUCUUAAGAACCUAAAUCACUGUUGCCAAAAAGAAACUAAAAAAAACAAAGGCAAGGCUAAAGAAAUCGUUUCGGAACCAAUUAAUAAUAUUCAAGAAAACCAAGUAAAUGAUUAUGCAUUAGGACAAUCUUUUAACAAAAAAACCGAAUUUGGCACCGAAUUAUUCAGAAGUUUAAAAGACCAUUUGCUGGCAUUGCAAGAUGCUUUGAAAAGUCAAGGGCAUUAUGAUCGGAUAUUUACAACCCCAGAUGCUUUUGCUGGAAGACAAGGAAUUACCCAAGAACAGCGUGACGAAUUAAUAAAAACUCAAGGAACCAUUAAAGAGCAAGAACAAUUUACUUGGGAAGAAAUCCAAGAAAUGUUAAAAGAGGGAGAAGAUACUGAAAAUGACAAUGACAAUUUAUUAAAAGAAUUUGAAUUUAGGAUAUUAACGGGCAAAUUAUCUAUCUCACGAGGUACAGUGAAAGUUGAUUAUAUUGACGAUAGUGCCUUUUUUCACCCUAGCCAAAAUCAAGUAGAAUUUAUUAACUGUAUUGGUAGCGAGGACGAAGAUGAAAUGGAAAUUUUACCUCUUGAACUAUGA